AGUUAAAUUUGACAGCUUUACAGUUGCAUCAUAGGCAUAUUUUUAUUUUAUUUACAUAAAUGAAUUAAAAGUAGGGAGUAAUUAGUUCACUGUUCGUAGUGCUUUCGUAAUUGUGUUUUUUAUAAACUAGAACGAAAUUCUUUUAAAUCUUUUUAAAUAUGGAACAACAAGAAAUUUGCCGAUACUUUAAUGAAAUUAUCAGAAAUGACAAGGACGUUUCUGCUGGUGUUGCUGCUAUUCGAACACUUCUUGAAGUUUUGGAACACUCAAAAUCUGAAACUGUUCAGGAAUUGCGAUUUUGUUUACAAAAUGCAAUUGACGCAAUGAGAUCGACUGAUCAUCCAGUUACAUCAAUUGCAUCUGGAAGUGAACUUUUCCUUCGAUUUAUUACAUUAGCCACAUUAGACACACCGGUAUGUUUAAAUAAACGUUCAUUUGCUGAAUGUAAGGACAUAAUGUUGCACAGAGGAAAAAUAUUUUACAAGAAACUUGUGGCAGCUCGUGGAAAAGUUGCUAAACAUGCUGUGCGAUUUAUUUCCGAUGGAAGUAAAAUCUUGACUCAUUCGAAAUCGAGAGUUGUUCUCGAAACAAUGAAAGAAGCUGCUCAAAACAGUAAAUCUUUUGAAGUUUACGUGACUAAUUCUGCGCCUGACAACAGCGGAGAGGAAAUGUGUCAAAAUUUGCAAAAAUUAGGAAUUCCUUGUACAGUAAUUUUCGACUCGGCAAUGGGCCAUAUAAUGGAACGAGUUGAUAUGGUGAUUGUUGGAGCCGAAGGUAUCGCCGAAAGUGGAGGUAUUAUUAACAAAAUGGGAACUUAUACAAUGGCACUUUGCGCGAAAGUUGCAAACAAACCAUUUUACGUAUUAACAGAAAGCUUCAAAUUCUCAAGAGUUUAUCCCCUUAAUCAAGCAGAUUUACCUGACGAAUUUAAGUAUACAGCGAGUACAUUAAAGAAGGAUUUAAAGAAAGAGCAUCCACUUGUUGAUUAUACUCCUCCACAUUAUAUCAAUCUUUUAUUCACUGAUUUGGGAAUUCUCACACCAUCGGCUGUUAGUGACGAACUUAUAAAGCUUUACUUAUGAAACAAAUAACAUUUGUACAUAUAUAUUUAAAAAAAAGGAAUUUUAACUUCUUUUCAAA